AUGCUGAUGCUGAUCAAUCUUUUAUCCACUCAUCUUGAUUUCUUGAAUAGAUGUUAUGAUUACGAACUUCUGUUGAAAAGUAAAUCUCAUUCAGGAAAGUAUGUUGAGGUGUUCCAAAUUCUUCCACAAGAACUAGAGCUUAACGUUUUCGUCUGGGAUUGCUUAAUGCUUUUAGAAAUUGCUUUAUUUAUAGGAAAACCAGAACAAUUGGAAGCAAAUCGUAAUUUUUGUCUAAAAAAAGUCUUCUUGUUUCCUGUCUUUUUAUGUGAAAAAUCUUUUGGCAAAAUUUCCAACUGUAUUAAUGGUAAAAUGUGCUUUCAGUGUAAUUGCAACUGGUUGGCCAGAUUAGAUGCUUAA